AUGCCUAACUUUGAACCACUUCUUCUGCCUCUAGUUGAAGAGCAGCUGUCCCCACAGAAGGAGAAACGUGCUGUAAAGGCAGCAGGACAAACUGCCCGUGGCCGCUCUGGCUUCAGUGAUGGCAAUUCCAAGUGGCUGACUCCAGCCAAAGCCAAGAAAACCCAACCUAAAGGAAAUCAUGUGGAAUUAUCCAGUGAUGGUGAGGUGGAAGAGAGCAGCUGGGAGAUGGAGGAGGAGGAGGAUGGGAGCAGUGAGGAGUUGGUGGAUGAUUAUGGUGCCUCCUCAUCAGAGGAAGAAGAGCUGCUGCCUAUUGAAAAAGCUGCCCUGAAGCAGAAGCCUGACAGGGAAGGCCUCAGUGAAGAUGACAGUGAGGAGGAGGAAGAGGAGGAGGAGGAAGCAGAGGAGGCAAGCAAGCAGAAAAUGGGACAGAAGGAAGAAGAGGGCCCAGAUCUGCAGCUCAACCUGGAUAUAGAUGAACAGUUUAAACUGCCAACUAGUGAAGAGAUUGAGAAGGAGACUGCUGAGCCACCUGACCUGCACAUCAUUCACCAGCGCAUCCAGGGCAACGUGGAGGUGCUGCAGGACUUUGGGGUGAAGCGGGAGGAGGGGCGCUCCCGGCAGGAAUACCUCGCCCUGCUGCGCCGGGACAUGGCCGCCUACUACUCCUACAGCGACUUCCUGCUCUCCAAGCUCAUGGACAUCUUCCCGCUCCCUGAGUUGAUAAACUUCCUGGAGGCUAACGAGGUUCCCCGCCCUGUCACCAUUCGCACCAACACACUGAAGACGCGGCGACGGGACCUGGCACAGGCUCUAAUCAACCGUGGCGUGAAUCUUGACCCCCUGGGGAAGUGGUCGAAAACGGGACUUGUUAUUUAUGACUCCACUGUGCCCAUUGGUGCCACCCCAGAGUAUCUGGCUGGACACUACAUGCUGCAAGGAGCCUCCAGUCUUCUCCCUGUGAUGGCGCUGGCUCCACAGGAGAAUGAGCGCAUCCUGGAUAUGUGCUGUGCCCCAGGAGGCAAGACCAGCUACAUAGCUCAGCUUAUGAAGAACACAGGGAUGAUCCUGGCUAAUGACAGCAGUGCCGAGCGGCUGCGUAGCGUGGUAGGGAAUUUGCACCGCCUGGGAGUCACCAAUGCCGUCGUGAGUAACUGCGAUGGACGGCAGUUCCCCAAGGUUCUCGGAGGGUUUGACCGUGUCUUGCUCGAUGCUCCUUGUAGUGGAACAGGUGUCAUUUCCAAGGAUCCUGCUGUCAAAACCAACAAGGAUGAGACAGAUAUCCUGCGUUGUGCCCACCUGCAGAAGGAGCUGAUUCUUAGCGCCAUAGAUUCAGUCAAUGCUGCCUCCGAGACAGGGGGCUACAUUGUCUACUGCACUUGCUCCAUCAUGGUGGAGGAGAAUGAGUGGGUUGUGGAUUAUGCCCUGAAGAAACGCAACGUCCGUUUGGUGCCCACAGGCCUGGACUUUGGCAAGGAGGGCUUCACCAGGUUCAAGGAACGCCGCUUCCACCCGUCCCUCAAGUCGACGCGGCGUUUCUACCCCCACACGCACAAUAUGGACGGGUUCUUCAUCGCCAAGUUCAAGAAGUUCUCCAAUGCCAUCCCGCAGGCACAGAAAGAUCCAGAGCCCGCUGUGGAAGCGGCAGCUCCGUCCGCUGUCCCCGAUACCAUCAUCACGGAGCCUCCGCCAAAAAAGAAGAAACUUGAGGGAUCAAAAGCUGACAAAGAGCAGAAGCUGCCCCAACCUGCUUUGAAGAAGAAACGUUCAUUGCAAGCACAGAGGAGACUCUUGAAGGCUGUCCGGCCUUCUCCCAAAAUGAUGCGGCCUAAAGUCCCUACCAGGAAGAAGAAGCAUAGAGUGAAAGCAAAUGGACAGUGAGUGGAAGUGCUUUUCCACGUGUUGAUCCCUUCCUUGGAGAGCAAAGGCUGCUGUAGCUCUGUGUGUACCCCCACUUUGCUGCUCUGUGCAGAUCAUCUCUGCAGCUCUGAGCACCUGGGACAAUGGCAGCCCCCUUUGCUCCUUUCCCUUUGCAUCAAGGACUGAUGCACUGACCCAUUAAAAGUUUUAUACUCUUUCUCAA